AAACUAUGGCGUAGUAUAAACCUUCGUGUUCGUGCACAAAUGGGUGCCACCACAGCACCAACAGAUUCGUGGGAUGCGUGUGUGUGUACGAUUGAAAAAGCGAAUUCUCUACUGAAUCGUGCUGCUGAUGAAGGCGCCCUUGAAAGCAUCGGUGUGAACUGA